AUGGGAUCAAACUCAUCUACAAAAGUGGAAAAUUUCAAGGUGUCUGGAUUACACUAUUGUUCCCUUGUUGAGAUCAUCAAAGAAGUGUUCUGUGGCCCGCUCGCGAAGAAAUUUCACCUCUUUCCAUUCAAGCAUUAUUUUAAAGCCAGUGACAGAGCACCUGAGGAGCGCGUUUUUAAUGAAGUGUAUACUUCUGAUGCAUGGUUGCACGCUCAUGAUGCACUCCAGAAGCAGCCACCCAAGCCAGGCUGUAAAUUGGAGAGGGUGAUAGCAGGGUUGAUGUUUUGGUCUGAUAGCACACAUCUCGCAAAUUUCGGUACAGCCAAAUCCAGUAUCAUCAUGCACUGCCGGAGAAAGCUGUUUCAUGCAGUCUGGCAAUUAUUUCUUGAUGAUGAAUUUCUACACGCUUAUAAUUGUGGCAUAGUCCUCAAGUGUAGUGAUGGUGUGCAGCGCCGUGUGUACCCUUGCCUCUUUACAUACUCGGUGGAUUACCCCGAGAAAGACUUAAUAGCAACUAUUCGUGAUAUGGGGAAUUGUCCAUGUCCUCGCUGCCUUGUCCCAAAAUCAGAAAUCGACAAGAUAGGGCAAGUAAGAGAUCUCCAAUCACGCGUCGCAAAAACACGGUCAUAUGCCAUGCACAAAAUCAAGCUGGCUAGAGAAGUCAUUUAUUGCAUUGGUCACUCCAUCACUAGUUCUACAGUGGAUGAUAUCCUUAAGAAUGAAUCAUGGGUGCCCACCGUUAAUGCCUUUGUAAACAGACUCCGAGACAACUUUGACGUUUUUCCAUUGUUAGUUGUCGAUUUAAUGCAUGAGAUUGAGCUGGGUGUUUGGAAAUCUACAUUCACUCAUCUUGUUUGCAUACUAUAUGCUUCUACUUGGAUGCAAGAUUCAGGCAAAUACCUCCUUUUGGCCAGUCAACCAUUUGCCGCUUCUCAAAUAACACCAGUGAAAUGA